AUGGGGGAUGUGAAUCAGUCGGUGGCCUCAGACUUCAUUCUGGUGGGCCUCUUCAGUCACUCAGGAUCACGCCAGCUCCUCUUCUCCCUGGUGGCUGUCAUGUUUGUCAUAGGCCUUCUGGGCAACACCGUUCUUCUCUUCUUGAUCCGUGUGGACUCCCGGCUCCACACGCCCAUGUACUUCCUGCUCAGCCAGCUCUCCCUGUUUGACAUUGGCUGUCCCAUGGUCACCAUCCCCAAGAUGGCAUCAGACUUUCUGCGGGGAGAAGGUGCCACCUCCUAUGGAGGUUGUGCAGCUCAAAUAUUCUUCCUCACACUGAUGGGUGUGGCUGAGGGCGUCCUGUUGGUCCUCAUGUCUUAUGACCGUUAUGUUGCUGUGUGCCAGCCCCUGCAGUAUCCUGUACUUAUGAGACGCCAGGUGUGUCUGCUGAUGGUGGGCUCCUCCUGGGUGGUAGGUGUGCUCAACGCCUCCAUCCAGACCUCCAUCACCCUGCAUUUUCCCUACUGUGCCUCCCGUAUUGUGGAUCACUUCUUCUGUGAGGUGCCAGCCCUACUGAAGCUCUCCUGUGCAGACACCUCUGCCUACGAGAUGGCGCUGUCCACCUCAGGGGUACUGAUCCUAAUGCUCCCUCUUUCCCUCAUCGCCACCUCCUACGGCCACGUGUUGCAGGCUGUUCUAAGCAUGCGCUCAGAGGAGGCCAGACACAAGGCUGUCACCACCUGCUCCUCGCACAUCACGGUAGUGGGGCUCUUUUAUGGUGCCGCCGUGUUCAUGUACAUGGUGCCUUGCGCCUACCACAGUCCACAGCAGGAUAACGUGGUUUCCCUCUUCUAUAGCCUUGUCACCCCUACACUCAACCCCCUUAUCUACAGUCUGAGGAACCCGGAGGUGUGGAUGGCUUUGGUCAAAGUGCUUAGCAGAGCUGGACUCAGGCAAAUGUGCUGA